AGAUGGUCGGUAUUGCCGGUAUCGCUGACAUGACAAUUCAAGCGACAUGGCGUUCACGUUGUGGACACUCUUCGAGGCAACUCUGUUGUGCUUGAACGCGAUCUGCAUCUUGAACGAGGAAAGAUUUCUCGCCAAAGUCGGCUGGGCGUCGUGGCAGAAUGUACAAGGAUUCGGGGAACCACCAACGGCCAAGUCACAAAUGUUGAACCUCAUCAAGUCGAUACGAACUGUGAUGAGGGUUCCUCUGAUAUUCUUCAAUGUUCUGACGUUGAUCAUAAAGCUGGUGCUCGGCUGACAGGGAAGAGAUACACGAAUGUACGAGUGGAAUGCGUCGGUGUGCAGGUCCAAGUUGUUGAAAAUGUGUGUGUGUGCGAGGAGACCUAGUAAAUUAUUUUUACCUUCGCAAUCGGUUUUUACCUUGUGCAUAAUUUCUUUUUCCGCACUUCAGGACGCACGAAUGGAUUUGAGUGAAUUUCUGUAUGAAAUGAGCAAUGUAUAAUAUAUGUAUCUUUUUCACGUUUUAGCUUAAUUAUAACAACAUCCUGUGAUGCAAGCGUGAAAAACGCAAGUCGAUCAA